CGGCCGAGUCAGUCAGUCUGUCGGAGUCUGUCCUCGGAGCCGGAGGCGCGAGAGGAUUCCGCAGAGCCCCCCCUGUCCUAUUAUCUUCUUGCCCCCUCCCUCUCCUCCGCCCCACGUCUCACUUCACCCCUCUCUCGCCCUCGCGCAGCCAUGGCGGACCUGUCGGCGGCCACUCAGUCCCCGUCCGUCUCCUCGACGUCCUCCGGGGCCGAGCCCUCCGCGCCCGGCGGGGCCGGCGGCCCGGGAGCCUGCCCCGCCCUGGGGACGAAGAGCUGCGGCUCCUCCUGUGCGGAAUAUUCUCAGCCGCAGGGAUCGCACUAUGUCCUAGAACACAUCGAUGUCAAGACUGGAUCUGACCUUGGGGUUUCUGAAAAGCCCCCUGUUAUAGAUGUUAUUUCCAGCCUUAACAAGACUGAACUGGUAAACGAGCAUGUCCUAGCAAGACUUCUGACAGACUUCUCAGUGCACGAUCUGAUUUUCUGGCGAGACGUGAAGAAGACGGGGUUUGUCUUCGGCACCACGCUGAUCGUGCUGCUCUCCCUGGCCGCUUUCAGCGUCAUCAGUGUGGUUUCUUACCUCAUCCUGGCUCUUCUCUCUGUCACCAUCAGCUUCAGGGUCUACAGGUCUGUCAUCCAGGCUGUGCAGAAGUCAGAAGAAGGACAUCCAUUCAAAUCCUACCUGGAUGUAGACAUCACUCUGUCCUCAGAAGCUUUCCAUAAUUACGUGAACGCUGCUAUGGUGCACGUCAACAGGGCCCUGAAGCUCAUCAUCCGUCUCUUUCUGGUGGAAGACCUGGUUGACUCCUUGAAGCUGGCUGUCUUCAUGUGGCUGAUGACCUAUGUGGGUGCCGUUUUCAAUGGAAUCACCCUCCUGAUCCUGGCUGACCUGCUCAUUUUCAGUGUUCCCAUUGUCUAUGAGAAGUACAAGACCCAGAUUGAUCACUACGUUGGCAUCGUGCGUGAUCAGACCAAGUCGAUUGUUGAGAAGAUCCAAGCAAAACUACCUGGAAUCGCAAAGAAAAAGGCAGAAUAAGUACAUGGAAACCAGAAAUGCCACAGUUACUAAAACACCAUUUAAUAGCUAUACUGUUGUUACUUGUACUAUGAAGGAAAGUGCUCAGUGUCAGCUUGAGCCUGCAUUCCAAGCUUUUUUUGGUUUUUGUUUUUGCAAUUUGGUGUUUCCCCCUCCUUUCCCUUUACCUGCAGAAUCAAGCACAAGAAUUAUUGGACUAAAAAAUGAACUGAUAUCUUAGAACAUAAAAAAAAAGAAUAAAGACAGAUUCAUUUGAAUAGGCAAAUCAAUGCCUUAAUGAUGGUGGAGCCUUAAUGGUGAUAUAGCUUGAAAGGGGAAAGAUGGGAGGGUAAAGGAGAAAAAUAUAAAACACCCCUCUUGGGUUCUAUUUAAUUUUCAGAGCUAUGUAAUUUUCUUACAUAGCUGCCCAUCAUAAUUUUUCCCUUAUUUUUAAGCUAAGAAAUGGUUAACUUGAGAAAUUAUCUGGGGAUAAGAGUGGGAUUCCUUCCCACGAGCUUGUGGGGGGUUUUGCAGCCCUUGACCCCCUCUUUACGCCCCACAAUGUGAGCAGCUACCCUUCAUAUUCCUCCUCCGCUUAUAGAUAAAACUUUCAGCUCUGAGUAACUUAUAGGUGAUGGUAACAAUUCCCGGUUACCAGAUGCCAUCUGGUAGCCGAAAACCGAACCAGCCGGUGGGAUUGGAGCGGGAGCCCGCACUGCCUGCCGCCGACAGGAAGGAGAGGCUCCGCCAUCGGAAGGUGGUGUGGGGUCCUUCGGGACACUAGUUCCAAGCUUUAGUCUGAGAGCUUAUUCCUGAAUGUGCUUUCCUCCCCCUUCCUACCCACCUCGCCUCAAGUUUAAUAAAUAUGGUUGUACUUUUCUUAUCCUGAAACAAAUGUCUGUAACUGCUGUAUACUGCUGUAAACUUGUUAGCGGAAAAAAUCUGCAUGUGGGCUCCUGGGUUGUUGAGUUGUUGUGAUCCUAUCUCAGUCCGUGGAGGGGAUGCCCAGAGGCACACUACGGAAACAGGCUUUCUCCUCAUCUUUCCCCAGCCUCCCCUUCACGGCUGCCUCUGGCCUGUGCUCAGCGCUGGGCCCUGAAGCCACAGCCCGCGGUGGGCGGAGGUGCUGUGUCCGGCAGAGACCACAGAUGAGCACAGGGAGGUGCACAGGCCGUGUUAACGGAGGCGGGCUUCUGGGUGUGCUGUGCCGAGGGCUCCUUUCUCUCCCAGGCACACAGGAUGUCCUAGCGCCUGUGUCUGGGCCAGGCUCCCCUUUGGAGAGUUUUCCAGGAAGCCAGGCCAGGCACGGCAGGGUUGGGUGUGUUGAUGGGCUCUGUGCAGUUAAAAGACACAGAGCAUCGGGCGAAGGGCAACGGGGGACCUUGGAUUCCCAUUUGAGAUUAAGCGUCCGCCUCCCCUUCCAACAUGGAAAUUCUGUAGAUUUGAAUGACACCUGUGAGUUCCUUCAGGUUGUAACUCAUGACAACCCAGAGGGAACCUGCCUGGUGACUUCAGCGUGAGGGCCACGAUGUGUGACGGCCCCAAAGCACUGCAUGUAGGCUGAGGUGGCGGAAGGAGAGCGGCUGCUUUUGGGGGCAAUUACUUAGGAGCUUAGAUGGUCACAGGCAUCCUUGCCUUACUGCAUUCUAUGUCUCAGCCCUUUGACACUUGAGCUGAUUUCCGGUCAUGGUGUAGAAUGUGCAUCCUCCGCCCCCCGCAGCCUCCCGGGAAGCCUGCACCGUGACCUCCGGGCCUCCCCUCCGGCCUGUCCACCCUGGGACCUGCGCCCGCUUCCUUUGGUAAUGCUGUGCUUAGCUACUUGGGCAGGUCUUGUGCCACACAGGAACUUUAUUUUAUUUUAAGAAAAGCCCAUAGAUGAAAAAUUCAUGAAACUGUGCGUGUGUGUGCGUGCAACAUAAAAUACAGUAGCACCUAAGGAGCUUGAAUCUUGGUUCCUGUGAAACUUUAAAUUGAUGUGGUAUUAAUAAAAAUU